ACUACAAGUUUUCGCCAAGAGGCAGCUACUUUGCUCCUAAAGAAGGCGACUACGCAUCGUACAUCGAGUACGGACGCAGCCUUCAACUCAUUGCGCAUCCUGAGGUAUUUGGAAUGCACGCCAAAUGCAGACAUCAGUAAUAGCCAACAGGAAACCCAACAGUUGUUCAACAGCAUCCUUUUGACGCAGUCUCGAGCUUCCGCCAAAGGUGGAAAAUCCGACGACGAGAUACUCUUUGGGGUGGCUGAGGAUAUUUUACACAAGAACUUUGACACGGAAGCGGCACUGCGGAAAUACCCCACCACCUAUACGCAUGGAACGAACACGGUAUUAGUGCAGGAAAUGAUCAGGUUUAACAGGCUAACGAGAAGUCGUGCGAUCUUCGCUUAUAAACAUACUGAAAGCUGUUAA